GGAGAACCAUGGAGCGCACACGCUCGACUCCGGGUUCUCAACCGUGUGGAUUCAAUGGAGCCUUAUUACCAAGAGGAUGGGGAUGUGGAUAAAGCGGGAUCGUUGUCGAUAAUGGGAAGAAGGUUAUUAGGACUCAAAAGGUGUGUGUACAGUGUGUACUGUGCGCUUUACUCGGCAGUCGUGAAUGCAUGCGGGCUUGCUGGGACUGAUCUGGAUCCUCAAGCUGGCCAUUCGAAUCUUGGAUAAAGUGAAGGAGAACCUUGAUCAACACGACCUCUAUGAGCAUGACUUCAUGAUGAUGAUGAUGAUGAUGAUGCGCAAAACUCGAGCAGGAUUGUGGAAGACGACGGGCUACGGCGGAGUUGGAUUGGAAACCGCGACCACUGGGGUCCAAUUGGUACCUGUCUGUGCCUGGCGGUGCCUGUCUGUGCCUGUCUCUCUCCCGUCCUUGCCCAGGAUUAAUCUAAAGUGGGCGGAGAACAGCCCGACCGCACUCCUCAAUUCCACCUCUUCAGGCCUAGUCAGGGGUAUCCACCACAAUUGUACGGUACGGUACAAACCAGACCUGUUUCCAAGGGACUUCUCUGUCGGGCAGACUUGGGUCCCGGCUAUUCAACGGCUGUCAUUUUUUCUCUCUCUCACUAGAGUCACUACGUACUCCGUACUCUGUACUGACUCGAGACAAUCUAAUUUACCCAACGGAUAGUUAGUGGGUGUCUAGACGAUCACCUAGCGAAAUAAACAUUUUUCUCACACAUAUGCUUCAAGAUGGUGGUUACAGGCGAAAGUGCGCCCUGCCUCCACCCGAGAGCCAUGUGGAAGUAAUAAGUUCAUGGCCAUCACGGACUUGCAUGACGUAUCGGAUCUCCA